AUUGAAGGCGGUUUGUCAAAGAAUUCUAGUAAUGAGGAUGAUAAGGUCACAGAAAAUAAGAGGAAGAAAAGCGUUCGGGAGACAGCUCAUCUAGGAAAUUCGAAGGAGAAAAACAAGAUCAUCGACUAUGAUUCUCAACUCAGGAAAAUGCAGACUGAUUCUUAUCAGAAAUGUGAUAUGUAUUUUGGUAAGUGGGUAAGAGAUGAUUCAAAGCCAUAUUAUCCUGGAGGUUCUUGCCCAUACAUUGAUAGGGAUUUUAAUUGUCACCUAAAUGGGAGGCCAGAUAAUGCUUUUAUAAAAUGGAAAUGGCAGCCAAAUGAGUGUGACAUCCCAAGCCUGAAUGCAACCGAUUUUCUGGAGAGGUUGAGAGGAAGAAAGAGGUUGGUGUUUGUGGGGGAUUCACCGAAUAGGAACAUGUGGGAGUCUCUGGUGUGUAUUCUUCGCAACAGCCUUCGAUACAAGAGAAGAGUUCAUGAGAUUUCGGGAAAGAGUGAAUUUAAAAAGAAGGGCUUUUAUUUUAUGCAUUCAGAGUUGAGGCAAGAUUAUAAUUGUUCAGUGGAUUUUGUUGCUUCUCCAUUCCUUGUUAGGGAAUCAUCGUUCACUGGUCGAAAUGGUUCAUUUGAGACAUUAAGAUUGGAUUUGAUGGACCGGACAACUUCUAUGUAUCAUGAUGCUGAUGUGAUCGUUUUUAACACUGGCCAUUGGUGGACUCAUGAGAAAACAUCUAAAGGGGAAGACUAUUACCAAGAAGGCAACUAUGUGCAUCCCAGACUGAAGGUUCUCGAAGCAUACAAGAGGGCUCUCACCACUUGGGCUAGGUGGGUUGACAAGAACAUUGAUGUCAAGAGGACUCAGGUUUUCUUCAGAGGAUAUUCAGUUACCCAUUUCAGCGGAGGGCAAUGGAACUCAGGUGGGCAGUGCCACAAAGAAGCAGAGCCAAUCUUUAAUGAGACUUAUUUAGGGAAUUACCCUUCAAAGAUGAGAGCCCUAGAGCAUGUACUUCAAGAAAUGAAAACUCCAGUGACAUAUCUAAACAUAAGCAAGCUUACAGAUUACAGAAAAGACGGACACCCUUCCAUUUACAGAAUGAAAUACAAGACAGUAGAAGAACAGAUUACUGCAGAGCAAUCUCAGGAUUGCAGCCAUUGGUGUUUGCCUGGGGUUCCAGAUACUUGGAAUGAAUUGCUAUAUGUUUCUCUUUUGAAGGCCGGAAGGGCAUCGGUGGGAAGCUGAACAAACUUAUACAGAAGCUGUGUCUACCUAAUCAUUUGUUAUUCUUUUUACUGUCUCGGCUUAACUUUUGUGAGUUUCUCAAGUAGCCUUACAUGCUGAUUCAGAUGAUGCAUGUAUGCAGAGUGGGUGGGCAGCUGUUUUUACGUUCAAAAGAUAUACACAAUACCAUUUCAUUGAUACUUGAAUUUUUUUUGAAUUGAUGUUAUGGAUUGAUCCGGGUUGACAAGAA